AUGGCGAUGGUCUAUCUCUCGCCGGGAAAUGUAUCUGACGGUGUAUCAUCGAGGAACGCUUUCAUAGUCGAACGCCAACGACGAAUCGAAUCGAAGAAUUGCCCCGGAAGAAGGGUUUUCUUGCUCGGCAAGGGAACGUCGAUUCCCUUGCAGUUCGCUUUGGCGACGAUUUACCACACUUGGAAGUUCUCCAAGGCAAUUUGUCCUUCGGUAGGAUACGUCGGUCUGUGCACGAGGAAGUUAUCGCAUCCGACGACGAACAUUUAUUCCUUCGCGAACAAUCCGGCUUGCAGGAAGUUCUCGUCGUGUGGGAACUCGGAGAAGGGCGUCUUAUGUAGAACGACGUCCCGUCGCGAUACUCUUUGCAAUCAUUUUUCCUCCGAGGAUAGCUCCUGCAACAAAAAAUCGCCGUCAGAUGGGUGUCGCGAUCAAACGACAUCCGCACACCAGGAACCUUCCAAGAACCAAUGCUCGAAAACGGAGUCUGACACGGGCUUUUUCACGAGCUUUCCCGUUGAAGAAUGUUCCGAGCCAUCGACUACGUGCACCACGUCGGUCGAGCAUCCUUGCGACGAGUCCUGUCCUCCUAUCGAGUCCGCAGACCCAAAGAACCGUUUUCGUUGCAUGAACGUGGAUGAUUACUGCGACACCGCAGACUCGCAGAAGGAAAGAUUCUGGCGUUUCCUGGUGUUUUUCGUGGCGAUGCCGGCAUUAAUAGUCACGUCGUUCUUCGUUUACAGAAGAGAAAUGGAAAACAAAAAACAACCCAGACCCGAGUUCGUGGACGUUCCGUACCUGCGUCGAAUAAUUAAGCCUUUCCCAUGGGGCAACGGCGUACACACCUUCUUCCACAAUCCCGUGCUAAAUCCAAUAUCCCCGCACGGAUACGAAGUGGAAGACCCAAAUGCAGUGAAGACAGGCGAACCAAAGGAUUAACGAACGCGCCGCGGUGCACGUAAGAGAAAAGGGACAAUGAGAUCGCUUUAACCGUGCGGGCAGAUUCUCAGUUUUAUUGUUCGUUCAUUGUCCCG